AACACUUGCUGGUUUUAUUUCAGAUUCGAUCGUCCAAUUGCUUGUUUUUUUUAAAAUCAGCGUUGGCACAUGGUGUUUGGGAAUGUAAAGUCUGUUUCCAGGAUUUGUCGACAGGAGAUUUUAUUUCGCUUUUGUUUCCGCGUACUUCUUCCAGCUGGUUUUAUUUGCACGGGCGAGAGAGGAGAGGGGGAUUUCACGGGACUCGGCCCGGGCGAGACACCGGCUACUUGGACGCGCAGAGCGUGCAGUUCUCGGCAACUCCUGUGCGGGCGUGCCCCGCAACCAAACUGAUUUUACGUGCAAUUCUCUGCCCCCACCUCUUCCUUCUCUCUCGCUCUCUCUCUCUAUUUUCCCUAUCUGGUUGGAAAGCAGUGUGGCCGCUGUGCAUGCUGGGCUCAGAUUGCAGAGAAGGAUGGUGAUGGUGGUAUUAGGAGUUCCAUUGGAGGAGGAAGCGGUCCGAGAGGCGGCAGUGCGAUGUGGAUGUCGGUGUGCAAGUUGUGUGCGUGUGUCUACGUGUUGAGUGAGUGUCACCGAGCCGGCUAGCCGCAGCCUCCGUCAGUUUCAGCAGGCGAGCCCCCCGGUCAGUUUCACUCUGGUUACUUUCAGCUACGUUGUAACCAACGCAUCACAGCCCUGGCCACGCCGGGGGAGGGCUGUUUGAUUAUCUUCCUACUCUAUUCUCCACCGCCGAAAAGGAAAAGGAAAAAAAGACACCUCAGUAUUUGUCAGCCAGCUGGAAGCGUUUGUUACAAAGCCAUCCCUGCAUCUCCUCAGUGAGAUGGUAACCCAUGAAGCUCACUGUAAAGAACAUGGUUGAAAGGACCAACAAAUUUAUUCUGAUUAUUGCCGGAUUCGCAAUUUUCAUGAUGAUCGUUUUCCAGUACGUUUGCCCUGGGACCAACUGUAGGAUCUCGGGACCCAGGGGUUUCCAACAAGAUGAAUCAGUGGAUAUUUUCCCUACCCCCGACCCACACUACGUGAAGAAAUACUACUUCCCAGUGCUGGACCUGGAGAGGACGGUGGAUUUUGACAUCAAGGGGGACGACGUGAUCGUCUUUCUGCACAUUCAGAAAACUGGGGGCACCACGUUUGGCCGGCACCUGGUGCAAAACGUCAAGCUGGAGGUGCCCUGCGAGUGCAAGCCGGGCCAGAAGAAAUGUACUUGUUACCGACCUAACCGCAAGGAGACCUGGCUCUUCUCGAGAUUUUCCACUGGCUGGAGUUGCGGCUUGCACGCUGACUGGACCGAGCUCACCAACUGUGUGCCAGGAGUACUGAACAAGAAGGAAAACAAGAACAAAACUUCGAGGAAAUUCUAUUACAUCACCAUGUUAAGAGAUCCAGUUUCUCGCUACCUUAGUGAGUGGAGACACGUCCAACGAGGAGCCACGUGGAAGACGUCGCUCCAUAUGUGUGAUGGCAGGACACCAACGCCCGAGGAGUUGCCAUCUUGCUACGAGGGGAAUGAUUGGUCAGGCUGCACACUUAAGCAAUUCAUGGAUUGUCCAUUCAACCUGGCUAACAAUCGCCAGGUGAGAAUGCUAGCUGAUCUCAGCCUGGUGGGCUGCUACAACAUGUCCUUUAUCACUGAGAGAAAGAGGGCUCAGAUACUUUUGGAAAGCGCCAAGAAGAACCUCAAAGAUAUGGCUUUCUUUGGUUUGACUGAAUUCCAAAGGAAAACACAGUAUUUGUUUGAGAGAACUUUUAAUUUGCAGUUCAUUAAACCCUUCAUACAGUUCAAUAGUACCCGUGCAUCCGGUGUGGAGACUGAUAAUGAGACAAUCCAUAGGAUUGAGGAACUCAAUGAUCUAGACGUGCAACUGUAUGACUAUGCAAAAGACCUUUUCCAACAGCGGUUCCAGUACAAGAGGCAGUUAGAAAGGAUGGAGCGGCGGAUACGGAAUCAGGAGGAGCACCAUCAGCAGAACAUUCCUGAGGAACUGCCCAAAGAGGAAAUGGAAGAACAGGGACGAGUGCCCACAGAAGAUUAUAUGAGCCAUAUUGAGAAAUGGUAGCUAUGAUGCACCAUGGUUUGCAUCAAGUUCUUAAAACUUUUAGUCUUCUAGAUCAUAACGAAUCUUGGAGGUUGAAUGAAAAUUUUUAUCGCUGUAAUUUUGAAAUGAAUCUGUGAAACAGAGAUGUUUGCUUCAGAGCAGUAUGGGUCUUUCUCGACCAACUUGGUGCACAUGGAUCUGGAAACAGAAUUAAGCCAGGAUACUCUGGCUGGCCGAUAAUGUGAUCAAAAGGCACGAUCCAAUAACCUACUGCAGUGGAUGUGUUUGAAGUUAUGAACAAUGGAUAACAAAACUCACCAACUGCGUUGUGACACCUGUAAACACAUCCUCCAGCAGGAAGCUAAUGUGUUUGCUUCAGCUUAGUAACUCAUGCUGUUUAUCUCUCAACAUUAUAUGCAGUUGUGUUCAUUUCAACAUUUCAUGGUUUUGAAACUUUUAAAAAUUCAGGGUUGAGAUUUUGUACAACCACUGGCCAAGUGAACCACUGAGUAAGAGCAUUCCCAGUUGAAUUCCAUCCCGUCGUUUCCCCUCUAAACUAGUCUAGUCUCUUCAUCUUUCAGUUUUUGCUUUCCAGCUCUCUUGUUGUAGGUCUUGACUCCAUCACUAGAGUACUGAUGCAUGGACAUCAGUUGCCCUCUUAUUCCUCAUCCUUGAUGUGAAUGUGGGCCAGUUAACCAACAAUGAAAAAGUCAUGCUCGCCAAACCUGAUGCAGUCCAUAGGCAGCACCUACACAGCGAUCAUUAUAUAUCAAGCAAGAGUGAGAAAUUUGCCCGAUUUUUUUUUCCCUUUCUCUCUUCUCACCAUUUUUCUUUUUCCUAACCCUGGAUAAAUCUGGAACACUGUGGCUAAUCAUAGAAAUUCUUGUCUUGGAUGAGUUCAGCCUACUAAUCACAGACUGGGGAUCAAACUUUUAGACCACCUUGAUCAGUUUGACUUUUGUCCCUAAGCCAUGAGAUCGAGUGGUCAUGUUCAAAUUGCUCUGUGUUCAGUUUAUUAAUGCCAUGUAGCUGUUGUGCACACACAUGUCUCAUCUGAGCCUGUUGUUGAGGAAAAUUAGUAUGUUGAGCAAAUUCAUGCAGGAUUCAAACUAAGAGUACUUUAUUUCUUCAUAGUAAUGGGAAUUCCCUUUUUACUCAUUUUGUCAGGACUAAACUUAAACCUAAAAAAAAAUGAAUGUUAUACCUUUUAUAAUUUUCCCAGCCAUUCUGUAAUGAUCCAUUUAAUCUUUUCAGCAUUGUAAGUCAUGAAUCUCUUCAUGCCAUUACAAUACUUAUUGUUGGCUGUUCAUGCCAGGUACCACAGUGAAAGCAGCUCUAAAUGUAUGUAUGGCAUUUCCUGAAGGACACCAAACAAUUAGCUUCCCUACAACCAGCCAUUUUCAUCCAUAGGUGAUACAUACUUUUGUUUCUAGAUAAUGGAAAUAUGUCCUCAGAGAUAGUUCAUGUACAGUAUCAGGUUAUUUUCUUAAUUGAGAUUAACUUGGUUAUUCUUGAGCUUGGGUAUUGGAAAACUGACUUUCAAUGUCACCAGGUAAAGUCCUAACGGUACUUUUUUACGAAUCCAUUAUCAGCUCUGACUGACCACAGGAAAUGCUUAUUUAGAAGGGCAUAAUCUUAGCUAACCCACUUUAAGCAUUAUAAAGCCAUAGCAUAUUUUAUAGUUGUAUCAUGUGAAGGGAGCAAGAUGCCAUCAUAUCUCUUAACUCUCUCUUUUUAUUUGAUUACUCAAGAUCUUGGGUAAUUUCUUUGUACCAGUUCGAAAUAUGGAACAACCAGAUUAAAUCGUAGAUGGAGUGAAUGAGCUUAUUUGUUCUCACCCCCAUAUAUCACUCACACACUCUCUCUCUCUCUCUCUCUCUCUCUCUCUCACACACACACACACACACACACACACACACACACACACACACACACACACUUUCUCUUG